AUGUCUGAAUACCAUCAAACGGCCGAGCCCCAGGGCGGCGCCUCUCCCAUCCAAGUAUCGUCCGCUUCGGCAAACAACCCUGUUCAGAUCAUUUUGACCCCCCCUACGCCCAUCGUCCCCACAGGCGGCCUUGGCUUGCGCGGGGAAGACACUCAUAAGGAGGUUCACCGCCUGCCUGAUGUGUCUGAGGAGAAGCAGGUUGUCGAGAAGACGGAUUAUUCUAAUGAGAAGCAAGUCUUUAAUGUGAAUGCUGAUCAUGAUGAGAAGGAGGUUUAUAUCCCUGGAGAGGGGAAGGAGGUUUAUGACCAUGGGCUGGAGAAGGAGGUGCAUAACCUGAAUCUUCACGAUGGACAUGAUGAGAAACAGUUUUAUGAUCCCAACAACCAGACUUCUCAUGUGCAUCAUGUUCACCCACCCGAGAAAGAGGUCGUCCUUCCAGCCUAUCAAAAUGGCGACCCCGAGAAAGAACUAUAUAACCCAAACCAUUCUGCUCAUUCGCUGCCAACGCAGAAUACCGUUGGGGACACCAACGCCAUGGCGAUGCAAAAGUACAACAGCAACUCUCGUAACCAAAGAGACAGCGUCUCAACCCAAUCCACCGAAACGUCAGAAUCUCAGAGCAUCCGCACACGCUAUUACCAGCGCCACGUGAACAAGCUCAACCAAGCCGUGGAUAAGAAGAAGAAGGCCUGGACUACAUUUACCAACCAAUCCAGCACGUCCAUAACAGAAAAGUACAACCAGAUGGACAAGGACUUCAAGGAUCGUCGCAUGGCUUUUGAGAACGACACCACGGCCAAGAUGAGUCAGAUUGAUAAGAGUAUCAGCGAUAGUGUUGAUCGUGCGGGGCAGAAUGUCAAUACCAAGGUUGCGAAUUUUAGGCAGAGUAUGGUAAAUGCUAGGAGCCAGAGUAUUAGUAGUGUUAGGAGCUUGGGCUCGAAAUGUCAGAUUGGUGGGAAGGAAGGCAAGGAAGAGGUGAAGGGAGACAAGCCGGUGUAA